AUGAAUCCAGAAGAGCGAAUCGUGACAUGGCUUAUAUCCUUGGGGGUUUUAGAUUCCCCCAAAAAGACCAUCUGUGAUCCGGAGGAGUUCUUGAAGUCUUCGCUGAAAAAUGGGGUAGUGCUGUGCAAACUGAUCAACAGACUUAGGCCUGGCUCUCUAGAAAAGUUCUGUUUGGAGCCGCAAACCGAAGCCGACUGCCUCAACAACAUCAGUGACUUCCUGAAAGGAUGUGCAACCCUUCAGGUGGAGGUGUUUGAUCCUGAUGACCUUUAUGCAGGGGUCAAUUUCUCCAAGGUUCUGAGCACGCUAUUAGCUGUCAACAAAGCAACAGAAGAUCAGCUAUCAGAAAGACCAUGUGGACGUUCCUCUUCUCUUAGUGCUAAUAGUUCUCAGACAAGCCCACAGGGAGCAGUUGUUAGCACAGCUCCAGGGCUGCAGAGGCAGUCAAAGGCAGUGGAGAUGAUGGAAAAUGGAGGCCACCAGUUGAUAGUAAAGGCAAGAUUCAACUUUAAGCAGACUAAUGAAGAUGAACUGUCAGUUUGUAAAGGGGACAUCAUUUAUGUCACCAGAGUUGAAGAAGGAGGCUGGUGGGAAGGCACAUUAAAUGGCAGAACAGGCUGGUUCCCUAGUAAUUAUGUCCGAGAAAUUAAGUCCAGUGAGAGACCCCUCUCCCCCAAGGCUGGCAAAGGAUUCGAAACUACUCCACUUACCAAGAACUAUUAUACUGUGGUGUUACAGAACAUUUUGGACACGGAAAAGGAUUAUGCUAAAGAACUUCAGUCUCUACUUGUCACUUACUUAAGACCCCUGCAGGCCAAUAACAAUCUGAGUACUGUGGAGUUUACAUCUUUAUUGGGGAACUUUGAAGAAGUAUGCUCAUUUCAACAGACGCUCUGCCAAGCCUUGGAAGAAUGUUCAAAGUUUCCAGAAAACCAACACAAAGUAGGAGGCUGUCUACUGAACCUCAUGCCUCAUUUUAAAUCUAUGUAUCUGGCUUACUGCGCAAACCACCCUUCAGCUGUCAAUGUACUCACACAGCACAGCGAUGAUCUGGAACAAUUUAUGGAAAGUCAAGGUGCGUCCAGCCCAGGUAUCCUCAUUUUAACAACCAGCCUCAGCAAACCGUUCAUGCGACUGGAAAAGUAUGUUACUCUCUUGCAAGAGCUGGAACGCCAUAUGGAGGAUACGCAUCCAGACCAUCAGGAUAUUCUGAAAGCAAUCGUAGCAUUCAAAACUCUCAUGGGGCAGUGCCAAGAUCUAAGGAAGAGAAAACAGCUGGAGUUGCAGAUACUUUCUGAACCUAUUCAGGCGUGGGAAGGAGAGAGUAUUAAAACCUUGGGGAAUGUUCUGUUUAUGUCACAAGUAAUGGUGCAGUAUGGAACAUGUGAGGAAAAAGAGGAGCGGUACCUCAUGUUGUUUUCAAGUGUCUUGAUAAUGUUAUCCGCAAGUCCUCGGAUGAGUGGCUUUAUCUAUCAGGGAAAAAUACCAGUCGCGGGAAUCGUGGUGACCAGAUUAGAUGAAAUCGAAGGAAAUGACUACACAUUUGAAAUCACAGGUAACCUAGUAGAGAGGACUGUGGUCCAUUGCAACAACAGCCAGGACUUCCAGGAAUGGCUGGAGCAGCUGUGCAGACUGAUCAGGGGACCUGCCUCUUGCAGCUCAUUAUCCAAAACAUCGUCGUCCUCUUCUGGUGCUCAUUCCUCUUUUAGCUCUACCGGACAGCCCCGAGGACCCUUGGAGCCUCCUCAAAUUAUAAAACCGUGGAGUUUAAGUUGUCUACGACCCGCACCUCCACUUAGACCAUCAGCAGCACUAGGUUAUAAAGAGAGGAUGUCUUAUAUCUUAAAGGAGUCUAGUAAAAGCCCCAAAACGAUGAAGAAGUUUCUUCAUAAAAGAAAGACGGAAAGAAAGCCAUCGGAGGAGGAGUAUGUGAUUCGGAAAAGUACGGCUGCUCUGGAAGAAGAUGCUCAGAUCCUGAAAGUGAUCGAAGCCUACUGCACCAGCGCAAACUUUCAACAAGGCCAUGGCUCAAGUGCUCGCAAAGAUUCGCUUCCACAGGUCUUACUUCCCGAGGAAGAGAAGCUCAUCAUUGAAGAAACCAGGAGCAACGGCCAGACCAUCAUUGAAGAGAAGAGUCUUGUCGAUACUGUUUAUGCCUUGAAGGAUGAGGUCAAAGAACUGAAACAGGAAAAUAAAAGAAUGAAGCAAUGCCUGGAAGAAGAAUUGAAAUCAAGGAGGGACCUAGAAAAGCUGGUCCGGAGGCUGUUGAAGCAAACUGAUGAGUGUAUUCGGGCCGAGUCCAGUAGCAAGAUCUCCAUCCUUCCAUAA